GCAGAAACAGAAACAGAAACAGAAACAGAAUCAUUUAACGAGCAAAUUAUCACGUUUCAUUCGGUCCUCUGUGGAUUGAGCAGUGAUAGACCCUUGACAGCUAUGAGAGCGUGGGUGAAAGACUGGCAUAUCUCAAGGAAUCCUGCUACAGGAGAAGUGGUUAUCAAGCAGUCAUCAAGCACAUUGAGAUAUAUAGUUCAUUUGGCGUGACUGAUCGCAAUAGCACUGUAUGUGAAGCAACUGGAACAAAUAGUUCAGGAAAUUGAACAGCACUGACUUGUGAUUGGAACAUAAUCAGUUCAGUGUCAAAGUUCAACCUUUUUAUGUCUCAGUUUUGGAAACGAUUCUAAAAAACAGAAUUUAAAUCAGUCUGAGAAGCGAUAGUUGGGAGCAGUACAGUACAUUGCAAUCUUCAAACGUUGUUUGUCAGGGAACCACUGAGAGACUGGUUCUCAUUUUGCUACUGAUGUCUUUGAUUGGUUCUCCUGUGUGGUGAGAAGUGAUAUUACACCAGUCAAGAUGAGUACCACUAGUGAUGGGAUGCACCACGGAGGUCAAGGGGUCAGCGGUUCCAGUCCAGAUGACCAGCUUGACGCGGAUAUUCAAAGGGCGAUGGCCCUCAGUCUUGAGACAGAACGCAUGGAUGAGCUCAGACGGAAACGCUUCGGUAUACCCUCCCUGCCGACGAAAACCUUCAGUGAGAAAAAGCCUGUAGCAGUCACCAAAUCUUGCUCUUCAGCAGUGCCACGUGGAGCAAAACCUGCAUCAGUCCAACAGAGCAACUUGUCAUCGUCCACUCCAAAAGCAGAUGAUUUAUUCAGAGGCACUUCGAGCGGAAGCAGCGCUGCAGAGUUGGAUCUCAUGUCUUUUGGAUUUGAUCAUGUUAUGAAGAACUACAGUGGGCCUACUGCAGGAAACGCAAGUACGCAACCACCUGGUGCAGGGCCUUUGCCAAGUCCUGGCCAGAGUGGGAUGCCUUUGAAGAGUCCUCAUGGCUUUGGUAUGGGACAGGGAUUAGCUAGGUCUAGCCAGUCUAUGAGACAACCCAAAGGUGGAAGCAUGGUACAACCAAGCAUGGAGACCCCCUCCAGGAACCCCUUUGCCCCUUCAUUUCUACCUUUGAACAAUCAAGCUACAGCAUUGUCAAGAUUUCAUCAAACAAGAACCAGUUUUGCAGCAUCGAAUAGCAGUGCGGAUAGAUUUGGCCAAGUGCUUAGUGUAUCGCAUUCUCAGAAGCAAAUGAGUCGAUCUUCGCCUUCGAGUCCAGAAACGAGCCAUCGCAAGACGUCAAAGUCAGCAACAACAACUCCUGCUGAAGGCAACAAUGCCAAUCAGGAGACUUUUUCUGACCUUAUGUCAUCACUUGGUGUAGAAAUAGGAGGAUCAAAGCCUGCUGGAAACAUUCAGAAAGACUCUUCAACAACCAAAUCUGGAGAUGGUGGUUUAAGCCUGAUAAACCUUGCUCCAACAUUUGAGCAAAUAACAUCCACCCAUAAGAGCACUUUAGCAUCAGGUAUCUCAGAACAGCCGCCACCUCUCCCACCAAAAGCCCGUAGGAGCCAGCAGAGUCACAUAGGCUUCCAUCUGGAAGCGACCUCCUCAUCCAGCAGCAUGCGACGCAUCCAUAGCAACCCAAGCUUUGGAACCAUGGAAACAAAUACAUCCAUUUCUCAAAGUAUCUCUAGCUUUGGCUUUGCUUCUCAGGCCAGUUCCCAAUCCAUGCCCCAGCCGGGAGACAGACUUCCAUUUGCACCACCUGCAACAACUCCCAGCGACUCUAUAGAUUCCAACGACUUGAUGUUCUUCCGUUCCAGCCUGGCUGACCAAGCUGACUUCUUUGACUUUAGCUACUUUGACCCCUUGCAGCCACAGGCUCCUGAGCCAACUCCAGAACCAACUCCAGGACCAACUCCAGGACCUGUUCCUAGUGAGUCCCAAAGCCAGCAGACAGGCACCUCUGCGGCGGACGCGGGCAGCACUGAGUCAACGUCAGAAGAUCCACAAGUAAGACCCCGGAAGGCUAAGCAGUCUGAAAGUGGACAGAGACCAACGUCCAUUGAGGUUGAGGAAUCGGAGCAAGCAGGGAAGAGACCAAGGAGUUUGUACGGCGCUAAAGGUGCAGCCGUGGAGGUGGCUGAACCUGAGCCAUGGAUACCUAAAUCAGCCGUCUCUACUGCAUCAGCCAAAAAGUCUAAGCCCGACAAGGUGUUCUUUGGUGACGGAUUAUUUGACCUGGCAUCUCAGCGUGAUGAGGAGGGUGAAACAUUCGCUCAGACAGUCAGCAGGUUACGGAAGAAUUAUCCUAGCAUCGAUACCCUAACAAACCGAGGCUUUGUGAGUUCUCUGAUCUUCUCAAAGAGGAUGCAAGAAGACAUGGAGACGAGUGUCAAGGUUGUUCUCCUCAGACCAAACGAUAGUGGACCAAUUACUUUCACUUGUGAUGUGAAAACUUCGAUCCAACACGUGAUCAGUCAAGCGCUGUGCCAUGUAGAGGGUGACAUUGAUAUUUCAAGCGAUUCUUACGUUCUCAAAGUACCAGGAUAUUCUGAAUACAUGCACAAUGAGACCAGUCUAGGGGAUUACGAGUAUGUCCAGGAAUGCUACAAGUUUGACCGAGAUGUUCGUCUUACCCUCACCCGACGGGAGAAAAUGAAUUUAUCUCUCGCUAGAACUAGUGCUGAUGAUAAUGGUGAUGUGGGGAUGAGUACGUUCUCAAAUCUCUUUGACAGGCCUGUUACUACAUCAGUAUCAAAGAUGGGAAUCAACGUCUUGAUGGAUGCAUUCACCACAGAGUCAGAGAAACUCAAGAAAGCAGUUGAGGCCAAGUCCCAUCAACCUUACGUGGGUCCCCUAGUCCAGACUGUCAAGGCAAUCUGUGCCACUCUGGCCAAGGUAGAAUCCAACAGCGUCACUAUGGCGGUCAAGAUCCUCCAGACCGGUCACUCCCCUCUCCUUGCCCUGGAACGUCUGACCGAUGCCGUGCUUCAGCUUGUUGAUAUCUACUGCCAGGCCUUCGAUACCGACCUAGGACCGGAGCUGUCGCCGGGCGUGGCCUCUUCUAAGAUGGGGACUAUCGAGGCGGGGCUGGAAGACAUCACCACCAUGGGACAGUGCUUGAGAGUCAAGAUAGCUUCAGCACAUCGGCUUCCCCUACAGUGGAAGAAUUCUCAUGACAUGUUUGCAGUAACCUGUCAGGUAUUUUACGGUGGACAGCCUCUCCACACCCAGGUUGAUACAUGGCCGUCCAAGAUUUCAAAUGGAUUCUUUGACAAGGUCACUUGGCAUGAAGAUGUGGAGCUACCGAUCCCUAUCAGUAGAUUGCCAAGGGAAGCUAGAAUAUGUUUGACACUGUGUGGAGUGGAUAUGAACAGUGGGGAGAGGACAGUGCGGGGAUGGGUAGCUGUCCCGCUCUUCAACUUUAGAAGUGUUCUCCUAACAGGCAGUCAGCUGCUAGGACUAUGGCCAGAGAGUCGGGCAAACCCCAUCGGGACAUGUGCCUCCAACCUGCUCAGUCCAGACAGUGCUAUUCUACAGGUUGACUUCCCAACGUUCAAGCAGGUAGUGAUCUUCCCUCCAAUCGAGCCUAAGAAAGCGGUCAACCGACCCACCAGUUUCACAGCUCUGGAAGAACAUGAACAGUAUAGACUUCAUGGUAUCCUCAAGAAAGACUCGCUAUCUCCCCUGAGGGAGGAUGAUGCUACUUUUCUGUGGAACAAGCGUCACUUCUGUACCCGUAUCAGCUGGGCACUAGCGCGUGUGCUUCAGGUAGCUGCUAGCUGGGAUUGGGCGUGUCUAGCUGAUAUCUAUGCUCUGAUGGAGGAAUGGAUUCCUCUGGACCCCUUGGAUGCCCUCCAGCUACUGCAUCCCAGGUUUGCUGACCAACAUGUGAGGUCAAAGGCCGUCGAGUGGAUCCAACCCUUAGAGGACGAUGAACUCUGCGAUUACUUGCCACAGCUUGUUCAAGCACUGAAGUACGAGAGCUACCACGACUCAGCCUUAGCCAGCUUUCUCAUUGAGCGGGCCCUUAGUAGCAUUCGGAUUGCGCAGUAUCUUUACUGGUACCUUCACGAUAGCAAGCAUGAUCAUAAGUUCAGUCAGAGAGCUGAGAUGGUACUGUGUGCUCUGCUCAGCGUGUGCGGCCGAGGGUUGCGUCAGCAGUUCAGAAAGCAGGAUGCGCUCAUGAUGAACCUGAGUAACAUCGCUGAGCAGGUCAAAGCCGCUAAAGACUCUGUGAGACCGGCUCUUCUUCAUAAAGCUCUGGGCACACUUCCUGCAGACUUAUCUCAGCAAGUUCGUCUACCCACCAAUCCAAGUUUGGAAAUCAAUGGUAUUGAUGUACAGGCAUGUUCAUACUUCACGUCCUUCACCGUACCACUGAAGCUUCAUUGCCGUAAUAUAGAUACCCUCGGAGAGGACAUUGUUAUCAUGUUCAAGGAAGGUGAGGAUAUGAGGCAGGACAUGCUGACCAUGCAGAUGAUUCGGAUCAUGGAUAAACUCUGGCUAGCUGAUGGUCUAGAUCUGAGGAUGGUUACUUUCAGAUGUAUGACCACAGGGAUACAUAGAGGUCUAGUGGAGCUGGUUCCGGAGUCGGAGACCCUUCGUAAGAUCCAGGUAGAGCAUGGGGUAACGGGAUCCUUCAAGGAUAAGGUCCUUGCAGAAUGGCUCCAGAAACAUAACCCAACGGAACUCAACUAUCAGAAGGCAGUGGAGAACUUCACCUUCUCCUGUGCAGGAUACUGUGUUGCUACGUACGUACUAGGCAUCGGUGAUCGCCAUAACGAUAACAUCAUGGUCACCAAGACAGGUCACAUGUUUCACGUCGACUUUGGCAAAUUCCUCGGGAAUGCCCAGAUGUUUGGCAACGUCAAGAGAGACCGCACACCCUUUGUGUUGACCUCUGACAUGGCUUAUGUGAUCAACGGGGGAGGGAAGACAAGCAGUCGAUUCCAGGAGUUCAUUGACCUUUGCUGUGAAGGUUUCAACCUUGUCAGGCGGCAUGCUAACCUCUUCUUCAAUCUCUUUGGAUUGAUGCUGAAUACCGGUAUCGCCCAGUUAUCAAAGGCAGAGGACUUGAAGUAUGUUCAGAAUGCUCUCAAGCCACAGGCUAGUGAUGUUGAGGCUACUGCAAUGUUCACAAGGAUGAUAGAGGCAAGUCUUGGAGCCAAGUCAACCCAGAUCAACUUUUUCUUUCAUAACCUGGCUCAGAUGAGCUUCUCAGCUUCAAGCAGCACUGAACUCUCCUUCGCACCCAAGAGAUACACCCUUGCCACGGACGGGAAGAUACAAGAGGCUAAAGUGUUUGGAAUUCAGAAGAGAUAUGAAACAGAAAAGUACUAUGUCUACAUUGUAAGGCUCCUUCGGACGGGUUCCACGGUUCCUUUGUUCAUCUUCCGUCGAUACAGCGAGUUUGGAGAGCUUCGCGAUAAGCUCGGACUUCUCUACCCCACGUUCGGCCUGCCCCCUCUGCUGUCCCAUCGAAGGGUUGGUCGUACCCAUGUCAAGCAGGUGGCCGAACGCAGGAAGAAAGAGCUGGAGAGGUACCUCAGAUGGCUGUUUUCUAUGCCUCCAGAAGUGUCCCAGUGUGACCUAGUCUACACAUUCUUCCAUCCAUCCCUGAGAGACGAAAAGGAUGCAGGUCAGGCAACCUGUAACAAGGUCAAAGCCAGUGCCAUUGAAGAGGAAGAAGAGAGUGUUGUUCAUACCAAAGGAGGUCAGGUCGGAGGUCAGGUCAAACUAACCAUCCAGCACAGACAGGGGGCGCUCUUCAUUAUGGUCAUACAUGCCAAAGACUUGGGUUCGACGGAUGGAGGCGACCCUGACCCGUAUGUCAAGACGUAUUUGACCCCCGACCCGCAGAAGUCAACCAAGAGAAAGACGAGGGUCGUCCGCAAGACACGCAACCCAACGUACAAUGAAAUGCUGGUGUACAAGUACUCAGAUAAGGAGAUAGAGAGAAGAACUCUACAUCUCACUGUAUGGAACUCUGAUCUACUCAAAGAGAACGCCUUCCUGGGUGCCACAAACAUCCCUCUCAACAAAAUGGACCUGACCAAAGAAACCACUAAAUGGUAUCAUUUGGGAGAUCUCACCUGAGUCUCAUGGGGGUGUUCAGGUUUAACAGAAGUUGUCUCUAGUAAUGUUCAUGUGUAUAAAAGCCUUGCCUUUCCCUGUCUGUUAAACUGUACUUUCAUACCUGUCAACCACUCCUAUAUUGGAAAAAACGAUUCAUACUUUUUGGCCUUAAAACUAAUAUCUCUUCUACAAACUCUUUAUAAAAGGAUAACUAAUAAACUGUUUUCCUAAUUUUGGUACGAGAGAUUCUUUUUUGUGUGUGUGAAAUGUUGGCAAUUAUGAACCUCUCAUGUCAUUGUUUUUUCUUCUAUUUUAAUUAAAGCAUUUACGGAUCUUCUACGAAAUCUAUUAAAGGAGCUUUUGUUUUGAACUGACAGUUGUGACUUUCUUCAUUCUCAUUAUGCGUAAAUCAAAAUCCAGAAGAAAGACACUCCCACUCUCUUUGGGAAAGUACCAAAAUAAAAAUGCCCCUUUUGGGAUUAAAUAUAGGCCUUUUUUCAUGUAUUUAAAAAAAGUGAUUCUUUUCCUGAAGCAGUUUCUAAAUUAGUAUAAUCAUAUUUUCCCCUAUUAUAUUAACAAUGUGAAAUGCUUAUCAUUGACUUUGGUAAGCCAAAGCCCAUGGAUUAAAUCUAGAAAUGCAGAUUCAUUCAAAUCUCUCCCCCGUUUCGUGAAUUGUUUUCUUCUAUCUAUAAAUGCAAAUUUAUCUUUUGUUAGUUAUCCCUACUCUGUGCUCUUUUCCAUUUCUCCAGGAAGGCAGUUUUAAUUGUUUAAUUUGUUGCUUGUGAUAUAAUAAUCAUUCUGAGAAUUAUCAGUUAUACACACCCUUGCAUCCACAAGUGUGCUUAAUUUGGAUUGCAAAAGGGAUUGUAAUAAAUUAAGUUAUAUAUUUUGUAAUAUUUUCAUGUACUUGUCGGUGUAUAUAGGAAAGUUUAUCCACAUAGUUUGGCACUCAUGUGUAUGCGGUAUAUGAUUCUAUUAUGGUAUACCAUGAGAUGUAUAUACAAUGGUAUAAAAUGGUUUAAAUGGUCAUCUUACUACUAAUUAAAUUGGUAUUUAAGUGGAUUCAAAUACAAGCACAGUUUACUUCUCUGUGCUGUUUUUAUGUGCUUUAACAACAAAUUAUUUUAUAAGCCUUUAGAUUAGUUAGACAGCUUACAGCAAAAUAGUUUAUAUGUAUAUAGAUAUCAGAUAAUCAAUAAUUUACCUAUCUGUUGAUCUUUACCAUGUUUGUCUAUAAAGCCUGUGGAUUUGCGGAACAUCUUACAACAGAAUAUUAAUAUGUACUACAAACAAAUUUUAUUCCUAUUUGCUGUUUAAUAUGGGUCUAUUUUACCGCUUCUCUAUGAAUCCUUUAGAUUAGUGGGCAACACAAACAUGAUCAAUUUUUUGUUUGUCAACUGCCAUGAAAUUCACUGCAACCAAAACUGAAAUAUUGAGGAAGAAAACAAAAAUGAAAAUGCAUAUUCCAACGAAACAUAAUAAUGAUAGUAAUAAUGAUGAUAAUAGUAUUACUGAUAACAA